UAUUCCGACGCCGUUGCAGUCUCACACGGUACGGUCACCUCUAAACAAAAUACAUCACCGGAGUGGUAUUUUCCUAUUAAAUACUGUGCCAAAAAUUUUUUCCACUAAACAUAAGUCUAGAUAUUUUACUAGGUCAAAAAAUAACCAUUGAUUAAAAUAAAAAUCUCUUGACAUUUCCAAGCCGGCGAGUGCAUAUAUUUGAUGUUAAUAACUGGGCGGCUGGUGCAUACGUUCUUAGAAUUGUCUCGCUGAGGCGUUAUUUUAUUAUCAACAAUGGCUAACGAAACCGCAGAAUUCCAAGUCUUGGAAAGUAACAAACAGUUUACAACUAAUUUCUACAAUCUUCUGGCGGAAAGACCAGGAAAUGUUUUCUUCUCUCCUAUCAGCGUGCAUGCUGUUCUUUCUAUGUCCUACCAAGGUGCCAAGGGUACAACUGCUGAAAAGUUUGCUUCCACAUUGAAAGUGCCUGCGGCUGCGAAUGUUGCGGAUGGUUAUCGCGUUGUAAUGAACCGUCUCCGUUCUAUUCCAAAUGUUACACUUCUGAUGGCAAAUAGUGUAUAUCUUAUGGAGAACUAUCAACUCUUACCAGAAUUCAACAAAGUAAUCACUAAAGAUUUCCUGUCUGAUGUACAGGUACUUAAUUUUGCUGAAAAUGAGGCAGCUGCUGCAAGAAUUAACGCUUGGGUUGAAGAGAACACAAAAGAGAAAAUCAAGAAUUUAAUCAAUAAGAACGACUUAAGUGCAUUGACGCGUUUAGUGCUUGUAAACGCUAUUUAUUUCAAGGGCAGUUGGAUGCAUAAAUUUAACAAAGAAUUAACCAGAACUGGAGCAUUCUACAUCAAUGAUAUAGAUUCGGUAGAUGUGCAAAUGAUGCAUACAAAAAGAAGAUUUUAUUAUACGAUAGAUGAAACGUUGGGCGCCCAAAUUUUAGCGUUGCCUUAUAGUAACGAGGAUCUAAGCAUGCUCAUUAUUUUACCUUACGAGAAAAAUGGAAUUGCUGAACUCGAAAAAAAGCUGACCAGUGCUAACUUAACCGAGAUAACACAACGUAUGAAGCACAUUGAAGUUAAUGUAACUUUACCUAAAUUCAAGAUUGAACAGACAAUCGAUUUAAAGCAUUCUUUAACACAGUUUGGACUUGGUGAAAUAUUCAGUCCUGCAGCUAAUUUUAGUGGUAUGAUUACUGCAAACGAAGAGCUGUAUGUGGGCAAAGCUAUACACAAAGCUUUUAUUGAAGUAAAUGAAGAAGGGGCUGAAGCAGCAGCUGCUACUGCUAAGAUCAUCGUGAAACGUUGUGGUAAACCUCCUCCAAGGCAUUUUCAAGCAGAUCAUCCCUUCCUUUAUUUUCUCUCUGAAAAAAGAGAGAAUCAUCUUUUCGUCGGACGCCUCUUAAAUCCUGCCAGUGAAUGAAAUAAUAUAUUCAAAUAAAAUCUUCUAUUUUU